CGUCUCCGCCACUCUUCCUUUCUCUCCGGUUCCCGACAAAACUGUUGUCUCCUCUGCCACUCUCCCUUUCUCUCUCGGUUUCGAUUCUUCCCUUCCUCCGCCACUCAACUUUGCUCUCUCGGUUUCGAUUCAGAGCCUUCAAAUCAAUGGAGUGUGAAAUCAAUCACGAUAAGGUAACAAAUAAGAGAAGGGGUUAAGGUAGAUGAAGCUACGAUGAAAGAGAUGAGAAAGCAAGAGGAGAUUGCUAAAGCCUGCUAAGCAAGCCAUGGAAAGGAAAAAGAAGCAGGCAGAGAAAGCUGUCAUUAGAGCUCAAAAGGAAGCUGAGAAGAAAGAACAAAAGGUAGUUACUUCUUCUUCUUCUUCUUACGAAGAGACGGAUUUUCCUAAGGUUUACUUGACGACCACUGUUGAAGAGGAUGAGAACGCCCGUGGUGGAGGUUAUGAGUAGACAAACAGGUGGCGAGUUUUGAUUGAUUGGUUUUUUGUAGUCUCCGUCUCUUUUGAUGAGCCAAGGAUUGCAUGUGAUAUUUCUCUACCGUCAA